AUGCAACGAAAAGCCGCCGAAGGUUACCAACAAGCCUCGCUUUUGCAGCAAAAGGUUGACGGUGAAGACUUCAUUCAAAAAGAUGUCUGCCCCAAAGCAGGAGACGUCAUCUUGGAUUUAGGCUGCGGUACAGGAGAGCUGUCUGCAUACCUCGCUGAGUUGGUAGGACCCGAGGGGAAAGUUAUCGGUGUCGAUCCUGACAACGAAAGAAUUCAGCUGGCCCGAGAGUCUCACAAGCAAGUCAAGAAUCUCUCUUUUGUUGAGGGGAGUGCUUCAAUCUUGCCACAGACUGGCUUGGGGCCCUUCGAUAUUAUUUUCAGUAAUUAUGCCCUUCAUUUCAUGAAAAACAAGAAGCAAGUCUUCAACAACAUGUUUAACAGUCUUAGAGCUGGAGGAAAAAUAACGAUUAGUUAUGUGGACUGUUUGCCUCCGUUUGAGUUCAACGCUUACAUGCUGCUGAAUCCAGAGAAUGGGGAACGUAUCUGCAAAGAGAUGUACCAAUGUGAGACCAAAACCAAGAUCGAACAUUAUUGUUCAUCAGCGGGAUUUCAAAUUGUCAAACACGACAGAUUUUGCGCCUCAUUUGCUUUUGAAUCCAUCCAGAGUCUUAUGAAGUGGCACUGGUCUGUUACACACGGCGUAUUGGAUCUUUCGCUUGUCACCGAAGAGCGUUUGCAGAAGUAUCUCGCUCCAUACGUUGGCGAAAAUGGGAAGCCUUCCCUGGAUUUCCGAGGAAUUAAGGAGGAAUCCACUGUGUACCGAUUGGUGGGCGUCAAGCAAGUCACAAACGCCAUUGAGGAAUACAAUGGAUAA